GCUAGGGUAGGGUCGUUUUGUUUACAUUUUCAAUGCAAUUUAAAAUAUAAAUAACUAAGCUUACAAGAUAACAUUGUAAUAAAAUAAUGGGACAAGGAAAGAGCCAAUUCACAGAAGAGGAGCUCCAAGAUUACGAGGACUUAACAUACUUCACCAAAAAGGAAGUUCUUUAUGCCCAUCAGAAGUUCAAGGCCCUAGCCCCUGAAAGAGUCGGCCACAACAAGAAUGCCAAACUGCCGAUGGCUAAGGUACUGCAAUACCCAGAGCUCCGAGUGAACCCGUUCCGAGAUCGUAUCUGCAAAGUCUUCAGCUCAAGUAACGAUGGAGACUGCAACUUUGAGGACUUCUUAGACAUGAUGUCGGUGUUCAGUGACGCCGCGCCCAAACCAGUUAAAGCUGAACAUGCUUUCAGGAUAUUUGACUUUGAUGGUGACGACAUGAUAGGAGUGUCGGACCUGCGCGAGAUAGUGGACCGCCUGUGUGGCCCGGAGCAGAAGCUCGGCAAUGCGGAGAUGCAGCAGCUGGUUCAGAACAUACUGGACGAGGCGGACCUGGACGACGACGGAGCCAUCUCCUUCGCGGAGUUUGAGCACAUCAUAGACAAAAGCUCUGAUUUUUGUCAGGCAUUUAGAAUAAGGCUAUGAAGCAAUUCUCUCUCACUGAAUGAAUCUCAAUAGAUUAUAAGAAUAACAUGUCUCAAAUGUCUACUGUGUUCAACAAUUUAUACAUGAAUAUUUUACAAUACUUUUAGAUAAACUCUUUAGUUUAAAGCAAAAAAUAUGUUACUCCUUUACACUUCUGUAUGUAAUAUUGACCUAGUUUAGAAUUUAUUGUCAGUGAUAGCCACAAUGCCCACAAUUUAUAAGAUUUAAUCCUUUUGUAAGAUUUAUUGAAUGAAUUUAUUACUUUAUACUGAGGCUAUUAUCCUGUGGUUUGGAUUACAGCCCACAUUGUUCUCAAAUGAAACCAUGUCUUCCUUGAUUAAGUAUUAUUUCUUUUAUAUUCUAUGACUUAAGAAUCUCUUUUUUGAUUAUUGUUUUUUUGGUUUAUUGAUUAUAUUUUAUAUUGUAUUGAAUAAAUUUAAUUGAAUGUUGUGAAAGUAGAAAUGUAUUAAAUAAGUAGAAAUUGA